GCAUCGUUUCGUUUCGUUUCGCUGCGAACCGUUCCGCUUUUUCCCACCGUCGUCGUCGUCGUCGUCGUCGUCGUCGUCGUCUUUGUUGGCAACCAUGAUAUCUUCGCGAAAGCAAAAACACGCGGACCACACGAGCGGAAACGGCGUCGGCAACGGGGGCGGUUCGGGCCAUGUUCCGCCGAAAGUGCCGCCGAAACAGAAACACCGGAAAAAAGCCUCCCCGUGUUCGUCCUUGACGGUGGUCCUCGCGUGUUUCCUUUCGUCGGUCCUUUCCUUCUACACCGGGAUCUACAUCGGAUGGAAGAUGGAGCGGCCCGGGCUUGCCACACCCGACGCAAGCUGCGGCUGUCAAGAACCGAGCAGGGCCAAGCCGGGGGAGAACCACCACCGGGCCCCCAACCACAUCGAAUGGGCCCCGGUGGUCGGGGCCGCCCGCAAGGAGCUCCGCCCCGGGGCAACAGCGACCGGCGAAACGGGCGAGGUCCGCGACCCCCUGCUGAGGAGCGCCAAGAGCAAGCGCGAGCUCGCCCAGAGCAUCGCCCACAACCUCGCCUCCGCCGCCAAGAAUGGCGGUGGAUCGACCGAAUCCGGGCCCGGCGAUCUCGCUCCGAAGACCGUCGAAGAGAGCCGCAGGGUUUCGGCCCGGAGGCAGGCCUACCUCGAGCGGUUCGAAGCCGACAAGAACACGCACGUCUUUUCGCCGCGGACCGAGUUCGUGGACCGGGACGAGUUUGUCGCGCGGUUCGACAGCCUCGGCGUUCCCUUUGACACGUCGGAGCAAAAGAGCAACGACCGCGUCGCCAUCGUCUACGGGGACACCUCGGCCCUGCCGGAGAGGGAAGCCGUCGUCGAGGGCAGCAAAAAGCUGGGGGGCUUUGGGCGCGAACCCAACGAGAAAAGGGGGGUCCUGCUGUCGGUCGACGACGCCACCAAAAACUGCAACAACCUGCACGUGGUGUUGACGAAUUUCGAUCGGCGGAAGGAGUGCGUGGCGCUGGUCGGACAGUACGAGUCCUUCCACCUGCACAAGCUAAUGAGGGCCUCCGAGAAGCCCGCGAGCCCCAAGAACAAGAGCAAGUUUUUGAUCGACCCGUCGCAGCCCCUGCGGCCGGUGAACCGCAACAUGAGGGACGACGGGGGGAGGUCCAUUGCCAUCCCCUCCAAGGACGACCUCAAGAGGAACUGGAGGAACCUGGUACCGUACCUGCAGUCGCUGGAGGAGACGCUCGAGAAGCUCAGGCCGGUGGCAGAGUCCGUUGCGAGCCACAACGGGCGCAACACGGUGAUCGUCAUGGUGUGCAACUUUGGCCAAUCGGAGCUGCUCAUGAAUUGUAGGUAGCAGGAACCUUGCGUUGGCUUGUGUUGGCAUUGCACCGUUGUUUCGCUUGCGGGCUUGGUAUUGAACUCACCUACCCACCCAAUCACUCACACCACAUUGCAUCGCAUCGCAUCGCAUCGCAUUGCACCACGUGACACUUUAUACACUCACUCAAUCGUCGCUUGCCUUGCCUCUUUUGCGUUUCGUCAAAACAUAUCAUUCCAAAACAUGUCAUACCAAACCGAACCACACCCAACACUUCCAGUCGUUUGCAACGCCCGUGCCAGGGGGCUGGGCAAGGAGCUCUCGAACAUCUUGCUGUUUUCGACCGACAAGGAGACGCACGAGCUGGCCACAAAGGUCCUCGGCCUGACCAGUUUCUACGACGAGAAGGUCUUUGGAGGGAUGCCCAGCAAGGCGGCGGAGGAAUACGGCGACGACAUUUUCCGGAAGCUGAUGUUUGCAAAGGUGUACUGCGUCCACAUGGUGUCCAUGCUCGGGCACGACUUGUUGUUCCAGGACGUGGACGUGGUCUGGUACAAGGACCCGCUGUCGGUAAGUGGCUUUGGGCUGGAUUUGAUGCGAUGCGAUGCGAUGCGGAAACGCAUCKGCGCGUCGUGCACCCGUGGACUCCCAUUCGAGGCUCAUUCGUUUUGUUUGUCUUUGUCUUUGUCUUUGCCGUGCUUGGUAACCCGACGACGCCAUUCGUGCACGCCGCAAAAUCCCGCAGUGGUUCCACGACGACACCAAGGGCGGCAGCGGCUACGACCUGGUCUUCCAGGACGACGGCUCCCGGACCCUCGUGUACGCCCCGUACGCCGCCAACACGGGGUUCUACUACGCCCGGAACAACGAGGCGACCCAGGCCUUUUUCAACGCCCUCCUGAUGUCCGGGGACCUGAUCAUGGCGACCUUUUCCCACCAGGUCGCCCUGGUGGCCCUGCUGAGCGAGCACGUGAGCCUGUACGGCCUGCGCGUCAAGGUCUGGAACCGCCGGUCGGAGGAAUUCCCCGGGGGCUACUGGUACCACGAGGCCCACGACAAGAUGAGGGCCUUUGUGGCCGGGGAGCUGCAACCGUACGUCUUUCACAUGUGCUGGACGGAGAACAAGGAGGACAAGGUCCGGUACAUGCAGCAGAUGGGACAGUGGUACCUGGAGGAGUCGUGCCGGAACACCCCGGCGGGGGAGCUCCUCGGCAAGUCCGGUGGAAGCGUCGGCGGCGGCAAACCCCCGCCUCUUUCGUGCUGCCGGGCGGAGCCCCUCGUGAGGUGCCACUACCGGGACAAGCCGAGCAUCCUCCCGUGCCCGGACUCUCCCCCGAUCGACGAAGACGGGGGGUCCUUUUGGUGAGCCCUUUUGGUGGGCUUGGCAGCACCGGCAUGGUGCAACAUCACAACCCAUCCUACUAGGUAAUUAGAAUAGACAAAACAGGCAGAA